UCAAACGAAAACAUAUCGACAAAGAGGCGUAUGCUAACCACACGUCAAAUUCACAUGCCCGUCUCGCUAUGUAGUAACAUCGAGCGCCUGCUAAACACUGUUUUGAAUAAAUACAUAUUGAGACACUAUAUAGACUACAGGUGACGGAUCUAAUACCACAAUAAAUGCACCAAGGAACGGUGAGUCGCAAAAAAAUGCAAGCGGGUGAACCUGGUGUACCCAUGGCAGUAGCAGGUUCACAUAGCCGCUCAGAAGAUGAAGAGACGCUUGGCGUGAAAGAUGUGAAAAGGAGCGCAACACAAGCAUUUAGCAGUAGUGGUGUUCCCAAACGCAGAAGUUCCUCCAGAUCAAUAAAGAGGAAGAAGUUUGAUGAUGAGCUGGUGGAAAGCAGCCUUGUCAAAUCAUCAAGUCGUGUUAAAGGUCCCCCUCUCAUCGAGCCUGUACGCUGUUCAGGUAGUGAACCUUCAUCCAGUGAGAAAAAGAAGGUGGCUAAAGCAGGAACGGCUUUAACGCCCCCUCUAGCAAUGGUGCUAAAUCCUUCCCCAAUAACUAAAAGAGUGAAGAAAAGUAAACAGCCUCUACAUAUUACAAAAGACUUGGGUCGAUGGAAACCUACUGAUGACCUGCUGCUUAUCAAUGCAGUGCUGCAGACCACAGACCUCACAUCAGUUCAUUUGGGGGUCAAGUUCAGCUGUCGUUUCACUUUGCGGGAAAUUAAAGAGAGGUGGUAUGCACUCCUCUAUGAUCCUGUUAUCUCAAAACUAGCAUGGCAGGCUAUGAGGCAGCUUCAUCCAGAAGCCGUAGCAGCGAUACAGAGCAAAGCACUCUUCAGUCAGGCUGAAGAAGCGCUGCUGGCCAAGAUUGGUUCGACAAGUCAACCCAAACUAGACAUUUUCCAGGAGCUUCUGAGUAAACACCCAAGCGUCUUCCACCAGUCCCGCACCCCUAAAAGUCUGCUGGUCCAUUGGCAGCUUCUAAAGCAGUACUACCUACUGGAUGACCAAAGUGUCCAGCCACUCCCAAAGGGCGAUCAAGUCCUGAACUUUUCUGACGCUGAGCAGAUGGUUGAUGAUGUCAAGUUAAAAGAGAGCAGAGAUGAAGUACUAGAACAUGAACUGAUGAUAUCUGAUCGUCACCAAAAAAGGGAGAUUCGACAGUUGGAGCAGGAGUUGCCCCGCUGGCAGGUUCUUGUGGACAGUAUUACAGGGAUGAGCAUGCCUGACUUUGACAAUCAGACGCUGGCGGCUCUCAGAGGACGAAUGGUACGCUACCUGAUGAGAUCGCGGGAGAUUACACUGGGCAGGGCAACCAAAGAUAAACAGAUAGAUGUGGAUCUGUCAUUAGAGGGACCUGCCUGGAAAAUCUCAAGAAAACAAGGAAUUAUUAAACUAAAGAAUAAUGGAGAUUUCUUCAUCGCGAAUGAGGGAAGACGACCCAUCUACAUUGAUGGCAGACCAGUCCUGUCGGGCAAUAAGUGGAAACUAAACAACAACUCAGUGGUGGAGAUUGCAGGUCUUCGCUUUGUGUUCCUAAUAAACCUGGAGCUCAUCUCCCUGAUAAAAGCUGAAGCAGCCAAGAUGACACAGCAGUGAACACUUGAUGCCAAAUGGAAGUCAGUCCUGCUGCCUUGGAUGUCACAAGAUGGUCUGUUUGGGGCAUUUCCCGUGUUGUGCUGUCAACAAUUACAUGGUGGAGCCCCCUUUUUUCCAGUUUUAACAGAUUAUUUUAUUUAAAUUGUGUAGCAAAUCUUUUUCAAAUAAACCAGA